AUUUAUACUACAAUUUGUUUGCCUAUAAAUUUCAUCACAACUUCCUACCUUCAUCACACCAAUUACAAUCUUCUCAUUAAACAAAACAAAACAAAAAAAAAAAAUCUUAUUACAUUAUUCUUUCAAGUAAAGAAAAGAAAAGAAAAAAAAUGGGAAUCACCAAAUUGAGCCAAGAAAUCAAAGUCCAAAUCUCCCCUAAGAGGUUUUUCAAAGCCAUGGUUACCGAAUCCGAAACCAACUUACCGAAAGUAAUUCCAAAGGCCAUCAAAAGCGUCGAGAUUCUCCACGGAGACGGUGGCUCCGGCACCAUUCGGAAAACAACCUUCGCCGAUGGUUCUGCAGCCACAUACAAGAUACAUGCACUUGAGACGGAGAACUACGAGUGUAAAUUCAGUAUGAUCGAAGGGUCAACCCUAGGAGACAAGCUCGAAUCAAUUCACUUUGACCAAAAAAUCGUGGACACGAAAGACGGAGGGUGCAUUGUCAAGCUAGAGACAGAGUACCACACCAAGGGGGAUAUCCAGCUCAGCGACGAUGAAAUUAAGGUGGCAAAGGAACAAAACAUCGGUUACUAUUCUCUCGCCGAAGAAACCCUUCUUGCAAACCCUAGCAUCUGCGCCUAAAAACCGCGACCGCGUCUUUCUGUUUUGAAUAAGUGACACUUGUUACAAAGUGCGUAGUAUGUUUUUAUUUUGUUGUGUGUAAAAUAAGUCUUGCGAAAGGGCAAAUGAGUCUUUUAAGUAUUGCCUUUAAUUUCUUUGUGAGUUUUAUGUUUGUGUGUACUACUAAAUAAAAUCUUUGUCUUUAAUUUAUAGACUUUGAUAUGCACUUUCU